AUGAAUGAAUCCCCGCGGUCGGUCGCCCGGGUUUCCCCGCCCUCGCGCGCGAUCGCGCGUGUGUAUAAAUCAUCGACGAAAACCACCCCCGAAUACGCGCUGGAAAUAUCGCGCGCGCCCGACCCGGAUCUCCGUCGUUUCGACGACGGCACACGCGAACGCCGACGUGUCGACGGACCGCGUCGUCGACGCGACGGACGACACCGCGCGCGAAGCGCUCGGGACGCGCGCGCGGCGAUAUUAGCGCUCGGCGGCGAGACAACUUUUACGAAACCGAAAGUCGCGGCCAAAACGGACAUGACGGCGGUAAAAUCGCGAGCAAAUCGCGGUAAUAACAAUUCCAGCGACGCUGAGCGUAAGCAGGCGCACGCCGAGGCGACGACGAAGGGACAAAUGCGAUCGGCAAGCGCUGAGGCGGAUGCGCAGAAUCAGAUGGAGGGGAAGCGAACGCCGGACAACACCGUGGUGAGUACUCUGGGGAAGGAUCGGCCAGCUCCGGUGUCAUCGAGUGAAUCGGAUGAAGAGGCUUUGAUGGUACAGCGUGCGAAAAAGAAUUGGAGCGCCGACGCCGUGGCGUUGGGAUAUGAAAUUGGUACGAUCAAACACAGUGCGUACGUGUUGCUCGCGGAGAGCGGAACGCAAGGGAUGACGGUGGCGUCCAUUGUUGGUACCGCACAGAGGCUAUCGAUGUACAGCUGGGGACAAUGCAAAACUCCGAACAAUUCCGUCACCGCAGCGCUGAGCCAAGAUGAGACAUUUGUCCGCAUCGCGCCGUCGACGUACUGCCUGCGCUCGCAGUUGCGCGGAAGCGGCGAAAACCUUCCAGUUCCACGCACGUCGAGCGGGUCGCACGACAGCGGAACGACGGGGAUGGGAAAUCACGGACAUGUAGGACACCGUGAUAGUGGACACUCCGGACCUCGUGGACGAAGCCACAAGAAGCAACGUGUCGUGCCGCGGGCGCAGUCGCCCAUGCACUUUGUCGUUGACGAGCCCAACUACAGCGGGUACGAGGACGACGACGUGGUGAAUAUCCAAGUCGAGGACUCUGUUGAUCGUUUCGAUCGCGUCGAUGACGCGAAGAGAACGGCGGAAGCGCUCGCACGCGAGAGUUACCGGCGUCGGAUGGACGUGUACGGUCACAGCGUGGGAGACGAAUUUGGCACGUCGUUCCACUUUGCUUCCCCGCAGAUCGUCCGUCCCGACCACUCUCCCGAUGGCGCUGUUGCCGGAAGCUGCUUGUUGUACUAUCCCACCGCGCGCGCGUCCGAGCGCACGAGCGUUCUGGACAGCCCGGACGAGCCGUCCGAGGCGACUCACAGAGCAGAAAAGUGGAAACACGAAGCCAAACGUCUACACAGCUCAAAGCACAGAUCCCGCGUCGUCUCAACGCUACCCACUUGGGUGCUUGAGCAGUACAACGAAAGACACAACCAAAUCCUUCGCGACGAUCUCUAA